AUGUCUUCCCUGGUCUCCGAGUUCAUCAUCAACCCCGUCUUGCGCCAGGCGCGCCGAUUUUCCGAGAUAUCCCGCUCGACGCUCGCCGGCGACGAGGACCACCCCAAUGCCGUUGCUCCUCUGGACGCGGUGAGCGAUUCUAGCCACCCCGACGAUGCCGCUGUCGGAGAGCCUGUGGCCCCCGCCCCCGCGACACCCCGCUCCAGGCCGCUCAGCACGUCGACGGAAGAGACGCGAGUCGAAGAUGUGCCGGCCAGCUCGCCGCCUCGCGACGAUGUCCCGCGGGACCAUCUGGGCUUCCCGGUGACCCCUAAGAAGGGCCGGGGCAUCCCCGAGGACGAUGGGAUGCGCGAACUGAGGACUCGCAUCCACGCGAUCAACGCGCAGGACAUCCCGUCAGCUGACAAGGCGAGGCGGAUCCAUGAUAUGCUGCUUGAAGGAUAUAGGGCGUCGCAGAACGGCAUCCGGAGUGUGGUGAUCCCCCCGAGCUCCCCGGGCAAGGAGCCGGCUCUGCACGCGUACGAGCCAUCCGGAUCUACGGGACCGUUGGAAUCCCUCAAGUUCUGGAACGGCCAGCUUGGCGACACGCCGUCCGAGAAGUUCAACCUGACGGAGAGCGACAUUACCCCGACGUUUGCGCCCAUUCGGCAGCCCAAGACGCCCGACAGCCAGAGCCCAACGUCAGCACCGUCGUCUCCGUCGGACCUUAGCCCGCCCCUUGGUUGUCAACACUACGAGCGCAAUGUCAAGCUGCAAUGUUCUACGUGUGCCAAGUGGUACACUUGCCGCUUCUGCCACGACGCUCAGGAAGACCACAAUCUGGUUCGCAAGGAGACGAAGCACAUGCUCUGCAUGCUGUGCAGCACGCCGCAAAAGGCGUCUGACGUCUGCGUCAACUGUGGCGAGAUUGCGGCAAACUACUACUGCAACAUCUGCAAGCUGUGGGAGAAUAGGAAAUCGAAGCCGAUAUACCAUUGCAAUGACUGCGGGAUCUGCCGGCGGGGGCUCGGCCUGGGCAAGGACUUUUUCCACUGCAAGACCUGCCGCGCCUGCAUCACCACGUCGAUACAGAGCUCGCACAAGUGUAUCGAGCGGUCGACCGACUGUGAUUGCCCCAUCUGCGGCGAAUACAUGUUCACGUCGCCGAAACCCGUCGUCUUUAUGCCAUGCGGCCAUAGCAUCCACAAAAAGUGCUACGAACAGCACAUGAGGAGGUCCUACAAGUGCCCGAUUUGCAACAAGAGCCUCGCGAACAUGGAGACGCAGUUCCGCAACCUCGACGUGGCAAUCCAAAGCCAGCCCAUGCCGCCAGAGUUCCGAGACACCAAGGCCACGGUACUGUGCAACGACUGCUCGGGAAAGUCGACGGUUCCGUAUCACUGGUUGGGGCUCAAGUGUUCAAUAUGCCGCUCGUACAACACCGUGGAGCUCCAGAUGCAUGGCGAGGGGAGUCAAGUUGGGGAGGCAUCGGGUCCGGCAGCGCAGGUGUCCGCCCAGCCCGAUCAGGCUCAGGCUCGGGUUGAGACGGAGUCGGCAGCCCCUCGCGCCGGCACGCUGAUCCCAAACAGGCGGCGUCACUCGUCCCACGGCGUCGAGCUCUCCUAUCGCGUCCCCGAUAGAGUCGCACGAUCUCUGUCGCCUUUGCCAUCGGGCUUGGAAUCCUAUCAGCCCCAGACUGCCGCGGACGUCGACUCGGAAGACGACAUUUUUGGGUUCUGGAGGGGCAACGGUGCAGACGAGGCGUCUAGCGACUCGGGCGACUCGGGCUCCGAGUCGGAGCAGGAGAGCGAUGGCCCGCCAGACGUUGACGAGGAGGAUGACGAAGAUGAGAUUCUGCUCAUCGGCCAUCGGUGA